AUGAGCAGUGUCGAUAAGCUGUGGAGGAAAGUCCGGGCGAAUCUAGGCGAUUUCAACGCCUGGAUUAGCUUGCUUGAUGCUGUGGAAAAACAUGUAAGAUCUUGUUAUUGAAGCUUAAAAAUUUCCGAAAGACAGUUACCCUUUCUUUGUUUCGCAGCCAUGUUCUAGAACAGACGGCAUGGCGACAAAUGUAAACCUCGCUUUUAGUUUUAAAAUUUGCCUCAAACUAUAGUGUCUUUUUUGCAGAAUGACAUCGAAGCAUCAAGAAAAGCAUUUGACGCAUUUCUGGAUCAUUUCCCUUACUGUUACGGCUAUUGGAAGAAGUAUGCCGACCUGGAGCGGCACGCAGGCAACAAGGAACGAUGCCUGGAGGUAUGGUCGAUCCGCUCUCGUCAUUUCUAUGUUUAUGUUCCGACUCUGUUUCUUUAAGACGCAGAUUGUGUUAUUGGACUUACUGUAGGCCAGCAGUCGUGUCUAGUUUGUGCUGCUCCGAGAUUUUCGUCUAAGUUGCCGCGGUUCGCCUACCUUUUUCGGGUUCGAUAUUACUUGGUUGAGUUUUCGUGGGUUCUAUUCAGUUGGCUUAGGCGGCUUUUGCCACACUGUUUUCACUUAAAGCGGCAAUUUUCUGAUCUAAUGAACUCGACCUCAAUUUCGGGGAACUGGCUGUAGUCGAUUGUGUUAACGAAAACAAAACUGAUCUUGGAAAUCCAGUUCCCCAUGUCUGUUGACAGGUAACCAUUCUAUCCAAACCCAGAAAUGUAUGUUCUAAAGAAUGAAGUUUUAAGCGGUGUUUGCGCAAAAACGAUAUAGAGUAACCCGUUUAUACUCUUGGGUGCGACAGUGUCAUACUCUGGCUGGUUUUCUUCUCCUAUCGAGUUGUUUCCAUAAGAGUUAUGUAAGGCAGCGGCUAGUUCCUCCAGUAACAUCGCUGGUUCAAUCAGUUAGUCUUUCGUUCUAGCUUGAGUCUGAAUAAAUUUCUCGAAUCGCAUGAGUCCGAGUUUAAUUUUUGAGAUCGUGCCUCGCUUACGUCCGUGUACUGCAUAUGAAUCGGCGCAGUAGUAAACUUGUGGUCUGUGGUGAAUAACACUCGGACUAACGCCAAUUAAGUCACUCGCAUUUGCCGGAAGAUGGUAUACACGUAAUGAUAAGAAUGACUUUGAAUAACAUUUGAUUCACUUGCGUGUGUUUCAUUUUGAAUCCAAUUGCUUUCACAGAUAUACGCCAAAGGUGUGGAAGCCAUUCCUCUGAGCAUUGAUUUAUGGACUGCUUACCUGGAUGCAACUAUGGAGAUAGUCCAUGGCCAGGAAGACUACGAGCCACGUAUGCGGGAGUAAGUAAAUACCACGUUUCUUGAUUGUCGUUUCUUUAAAAUAAUCAGAUCUGACACGGACUAACGUCCAUUCCUUUUAAAACAAGUAGAGUGAGACCAUCGCCAUUGUUUCGUCGCUUUUGCCCUGAAAGCGGUUGUUGCCCCUAAGUCCUUGCAAAAAAUGUCCUGAAUGCUUUGAGAAAUAGAACAAAGAGGCGUAUCCAUGCUGCACUGAGGUGGUACAUCAACUUAUCCUGUUGAAGAGACUAUGUUUCUGAUUGGUAAGUGUGACCCUAACUUGGAUGGUAGAUAGCGUUGCCGUCCUAUCAACCCGAAUUUUGUGCGCAACCCAGGGAGCGAGCUUUCGACCGACGCACCGGAAAUAAGUUAGUUUCAGAGGCUACGUCUAUUUGCAUUAUGCGUCUUAAUCUGCGAGGAUACACGCCGUCUAAUAGGCGCUGCAAGUUUAGCGCAGUGUUGAAGGAUGUUAGUUCAAUUAUUUUGUGUCUUCGCACCGAAUAGUGCUCUAACACAAGUUCUCACAAGGACCAUAGCAUUAGUCGUUCGUGCUUCUUAUGUCACCAUAAAAAAUCGAGACAAUAUGCCUGAUGCAAGGUCGCCUGUGCUCUGUGCCUUCCGGUAAAAGCCUUAAUUAUUGGUAGAAAGGGUGUAGGAUAAGCAAUGUGACUGUGAACGACGCUGUGGUCAUUUUGUGAGCACCGACUUGCCGUCUGGAUGAACAGCCACCCCUGCGUAUUUUGCACGCCCGUUUUCUGGGAGUCCGCUCAAUUAAUCUGCAGCUUUUUCAACUACCGAGGGGACUAACCUCAGUCUGUCACCUGCAAACGCCUCGGAUUCAUUUUAGUAAGCCUUUGUUGCUUGUAUCUGUAUUAAUUGCACCCAAAUUCUUCUCCGGCCCAUCUGUCGAACGUCCUACUCGCAAAGUCACCAAUUAUGCUGGGGUAUCAUUCGAAAAUCAAAGUCUGGCGGCCAGGUUAGGUCGGCUGAUAAAACAUAGACAUGAAACCGUAUUGCCUGUAGGAACUGUUCUGUUUCAUGAAGGUUCACCUGCAACAGGACAGUCAACAGGUCACGCGAAGUCGUUCUAAUCUUUCCCUCGUGUGCUUUACUGUUCACCCACCUUGGUACUUGCGCUAGCGAAUCAACUUGAAGUUGUGCAUCCUCAAGCGUCAUCGUACUCCACCAUUUUCUCCGUUUUCUUUGCCUAGUCUUUAUGAACUAGCGUUGGAGAAGGCAGGUUUGGAGUUCCGUUCUGAUGCUCUUUGGGAACACUACAUCAGCUGGGAGAGCGGCCAUAAUCGCCUUCAGAGAGUCCUGGCUAUCUAUGAUCGCAUCCUCAAGACACCUACGCAGCUUUACUUCCAGAAUUGGGAUAGCUUCAAGAAGUUGAUCGAAGAGAACAAGCCCGAAGAUGUGCUCUCUAGUGCGGAAUUUGUUGGUCUGUUGGCCCGCGUGGCGCCUGUUGCAGCCACCGCCUUGCGCAUAUCAAUGAAAGCUGCCCAAGAGAACUGGGACAGUGACGGUGCUGAGCAUCCUACAACUGCACCCCCGAAAAAGUCUGCCAUUGAGGUAGAUCUAUUUACCUGCAUGACUAUCUGGACUUUAGGUAGUUUCAAUUGCCAUGCUUUGGUUGUUUGCACUAACAGAAGCCCUGGGUCAACUGAUAAUGCCGCAUCAACGUAUGAGACUGACGUAAUCUGUUUUUUCGAGCGUGCAGGGCCACGAAUCCCUCUAGCUCUGUCCCGCGAAAGCUUCCUUCUGCAGGCAGUUCAUGAAAAUUUCUAGACUCUUAACAUCUAUAUAAUAAGGCCCUGGAGCUGCCAGUCUGUGAAUGUUUCAUACAUAUAAUGAAGUAAUACAAGUGGCUAAAAGAGUAAUGAAAUUCCAAGUGAGUUGCCGAGAUGUGCGCGGUUGCAAUGUAUGUCUUAACGAAGUCAGGCUUGACGACCUCAGUCACCCCAACAUUCGAGGCGAUUAGUUUACAUCGAGCCAGAAAAUUGGCAGGCUUUACUGUCGUGCUGACCUACCUGGCGGACUGAUCGUGGGAGUGUCCGCUCCUCCACUUAGAAGGCCAGAUGAUUCACGAUUCAUAAAGCGGAGAUCUAAUUCCACUUCUAUCGGCUGACUAGAUUUAGCCUGUUUCUUCCAAUAGGACUGAGUGCCGCUAGCUUUGCCACAAUUAGCUCUAAGUACAGCUUGAGUAACUGUCAGUCUUUUUCCCGACCACCACCAGAUGAGCGACUUUUUACCCGCCAGUUCAACACAGAAUAAUUUGACCCUGCUUCUGGCCCAAGUGCCCCUACGGAGCUAUCCUCUAACGGUAUUAACUGAAGACAAAAUGCAGAUUUUGCCAUGUACCACCGGUCUUCUUUCGGGUGCUUGUGGACUUAAUAGCCGUAGGCAUUUUUCAUACCUCACACACUAAACUGCCGAUGAUUGUAUAGUAUCCAGUGAGACUGCAUUGCUUGUAGGACGCAAAAAGACGACUAAGUAUCCUUCCUCACUGCCACUGGGUCUUUGAUUGAAUAAAUUUGACCGAUCGCAAGGUGUGUAGUGGGACAGAACUUCGGCUGGGCGAUGGUCCGUUCUAGCGCCCUUAAGUCUGACCCUGCGUGGAGAAGGUUACCGCGAAUCCAAGUAACAAGUUUGGACCUGCCCUUUAACCCACAUUAUAUCUUGCCAAUUUUACGCAUUUAACGUUGCAGCCGUCUUCCAUACGCUAUAGCAGCAACCGGGCGAUCGCAUUUUCCUAGAAAGCGGCAUCUGGCUGUAACCCCGCACUAAGGGUUUUCCAUUAUAUCCAACUUUCGGUGUCAGAUUCAUUUUCAAUGUUAAAACUAAAAUAUCAUACUACCGCAAACUCCCAUCGCAAAUUAAUCCUCAUGGGCACCACUUGGACGGACUCAACAGUUUAGACCUUCAUUAGACUGUACAGUGCUUAUUAUGGCUAUAUAGAAGGCCAGGUUUGCCCGUCUAACCACGUGCACGCACGUGCGUGUAACUACCACUCAAAAAUGGGGCGAUCCUACAAGACAGAGUGGCAUAUGAGAGUAAAGUUUAUUUUCUGCAUCCACCUUUUUAUGGACUAACUAAUGCUGCUGAUGAUUAGAUUCGUAAAACGUUUCUAACUUUCAUAUAUCCUGUCGUUUCAAGCAAGUCACUGAGCCCGACAGGACCGCCGUUCGCCAAUUCAUUAUUGACUCUCGGGAGAAGGUCUACCAGGCGACGUAUCUGCAGAUCAUGAAACGGUGGUAUUUUGAAGAAAAGGUAUUUUCCUUUGUUUCUUCGAGUUGUACAGUAUUUUCGCCUGUAUGUUCGACUUCUUUCAAUUAAUCAGAUCAAGCUGAACCAAAACGCUUUAGCCCAGCUUUGUGGAGUAUAUGAAAAGCUAAGGCAUUGGAAUCAAUAAUCGAAAAUUAAAUUAUUAACCUACAGCAGAAUUACUGUUCUCGGUCUAUGUAAACUACUCGCUGCCCACAAAUCCUCUCUACCUGUCUCAAAGGCUGCGCCAAGGAGAGUACUUAGCGCACUGGAAUGGCGUCUAGAGUAAACGGAGCUCAAUUCUCGGUUGUACGUACGAUCUGUUUUUAUUCUGGCGUUUAGCCCUGAUUUGAUAGCUCGAACGUCGCAAAUGAUUGGCCGCUGUUUUUGACACCCAGUUUGGGUUUUCCGAAUUUUAACGUCGGACGCAUUCUACAGCGUGCGUUUUCAUCGCAAGCAGGUUUAAAUGGGACAGAGCUAAGGUCCGUCGUUUCGACGCGUCGAGCUUUUUUAUGACAACCUGUGGAAGAUAGAGGAUCAACGCCGUCAGAAAACGUCUUCUGCAAAAAUAAGUCAGACUACCGGCCCCACAGGCCUCACAGAAAUAGACUGCCAACGCAAAUUCUCAGGGUCGGCGAUCCAAUGCUGUUUGUCAUAAAACGUUUCCUGACUUUGGGAUAACUACAUCCCCAUAGUUUCCUCCAGUCGUUAGGAUUAUGUUGCUGGCCUGGAGCUCUGCUUCGACACAAGGGAUACAAGUUCGUGGCGGUAGGGUAAGAGGACGUUUUAAAAGGCCACUAUCGCGCCCGUAGCACAUUUUCUCUAACAGCCCCAGGAUGACAGAACUGUUUUGUCUAGACUAUUUGGUGAGUUUUACAUCAAAACCUGGGCACCAGGUCAUUCCCAGAGUAAAUUUAAGCAAACUCCGCGGUAUGAAAUCAAAAUAAAACUGAAACUGUUGAUUAUCAGCCUUUGUAUUAAAAGCAAUCGACCUCGCCUUUCCCGUCCACCUUCAUGAUUAAUAGAAUGCUUGGUGCUCCCCAGAUCUAGAUAUAUUUGACUGCUACAGUGUGGCGAGUUUACCAACGCUUAUUCUUGAAUCGAAACCCUCAAUUGUGGUACUCUUCUGCACUUAGUUGGCGAACGACUUCCCUCCUCGCAGCCAGUUUCUAUAAUUUGCUUUCCAAUGCUAUGAACUCUGAUGACACGUCGAUUACGGUAGGUAGGGAUCAAUGAUUGAAGCCGUAGGAUCCGCUAUUAGGCUCUUGUUUAGUUGUCGUGAUGACGAAUGCAUACAUUCUUCUCUAUUUCACUGACAUACAGAUACGCCGCCCAUACUUUCACGUUAAACCGCUGGAGGAGAUGCAAAUAAAUAAUUGGGCCGAGUACCUCAGUUUUGAGGAGAACGAGGCCUCGACAGUGAUCUCGGAUUUUAAGGCGGCAAAUCCAGACGCAGAUCCUCUGUUGGACGAGGAUGUUCGGCUCGCACGAAAACGUGUUCGUAUACUCUACGAACGCUGUCUAGUAGCGUGCGCACUCUACGAGAAUUUCUGGAUACGUUACGCGAAAUACCUCGAGGUAAGCCUUCCUACUUUCCGCAUCUUGCUCGUUAAUGAAUACAUAAGCCCCCCUCCCCUGAAAGCGCACUCAUAUUCGGAAGGUUUGACCAUGGACUGUAGGUGUUUUGCAUUUUUGCGCAAAUAUAGCUCGAUUUCCUAUCUGAAGACCGUCUUCCAUUCGCAUAUCCAAAACGCCCUUUGGAUUGAUUUUCCUGACACGGUAACAUACACUGUCUAACUUUUGGAUAGGAAAGGUAAUUUACCACCUGUUCCACUUUUGCGCCAAUUUAGCCAGUAAAACCCAACUAGUGAACAUCUGCCCUUCUGGGAUUACCUUUCUCAGUCAUGCGUUGUUUAUAAAGAGCGGAACUGCCGUAGACCACCUGACCAGUCAACUGAAAUGUACGUACUCUUCAAGAUGUCUGCACGAAGAGUUGUCGGCAGUGGCGUUCGGUUGCAGUCCAAGGUCUUCGGCAUCACGCAUUAUUGGUAGUCCUAACUUGUUCUAUCCUCGUUCGCCCACGUCCUGUCCUCUCACACUCGUAUUAGGCUGUCAGUGGAAAAAAACUUCAGGUCAGUCAGAUUAGCAACUAGACAGUGACGUGGGUUCAGAUAUUCAGGCGUUCAAGUUUACCUGUGGUUGCCAACCACAGGGACAAAUUGGGUGUCUAAGAUUCAGUCCGCCCUAUCCUGAAGACAUUAGCGCACACGUUUGAUUCCAUAUAUUUUGAAUCCACUGUUGCCUUGCAGUUCACCGAAAUGGAUAUUCCGGCAGCACGGGAAGUCUGGCGUCGCGCCUGUACAGUGCAUCUGCGACGAAAGCCCACAAUUCACUGGUACUGGGCCAUGUUUGAGGACCGUUACCCGGCCAAUUUGGAUAGCGUCGAGAGUGUGGGCAAAGAGUCGGCCGUUACGCCCGCUAAAACAAGUCUUGAGAUCCUCACUGAGUUAGAGGCCCGUCUGCCCGACAGCGCUCUCGCCUGUGCACGCCGCGUGGAUGCCAUGCGCAGGGCCAAAAAACCAGUGAGUAGUCAAUCUCAUCAUGUUUUUGCUAUGCCUUAUCCCGCCCCCUCUAACACCGGACCCUUUGUACUGUUCAGCUGUUGGACAUCAUCGUCUGUAUUCGUUCUGGCAUCAAUCGACUACGUUUGCGCGCUUCAGAACAGGCAAACGUGGCACACAAUGCCUCUGGACCGACUGCUUCCAUGACUGCAGCACUCGCCCUUGCAGCCAGCGCGCAAGCACGUGCAGGCGCCAGCUACCUGGCCGGAAAGCUUUCCCGCCUGUUGCAUCGCAACGUCAACAAUCUGGUACCACCUCAGGGCAUCCACACCUGGCAACUCCUCCUCUCUUCUGCCUACAAGGUGGAACCGGAGCCUGAGAAUCAGGAUGAAGAGGAGGGCGAGACGGAGGUGAAACCCUCCGAACCUAUCAAAGAGGAGGAUGGCCCUCGUUCUCCCUGCGUCAAAAGUGAUACCGGACACGAGGAUGGCCGUAACAAGGAGCCCUCAGGCAGUGCAGAAGAUGCAGGUGAGGAGGACACCGAAAUUGUAGAAAUGGAAGGUGUCGCAGAAAAACCGGAAGCGGAGGAAGAACUCCCGGUUACACCGGAAACCAUAUCUCGGGUAAAAGGAGGCGAAUCAAAGGCCGCCGAAGACGACGUUGAAAUGGAGACUGCUGACUCGCCGCCCGUCGUCCUUGUACGUACCAAGUCGACCAGUCAGCAGGGCGGGGAGGAAGCGGAGAAAAUGGACGAGUCCAAGGAAGACUCUACUGCAGCCGUCACGGAGGAGAAGGCAGCGGAGGGUCCGGCGGCAAAGAAGAGGAAACGGCGUAGCCGGUGGGGAAGUGAGUCCGAUCUACUGGCUGCCAAGGCCGAGGAAGAGAAGCGGUUGGCCCAGGCUGAUGCCGACGCCAAGGAGUAUGCCCUUGAACGUGAGCGUAUUAUUUGCGUUCAGCCACCGUCACCUGACAGUCUGACAGAGGAGGAUAAGCAGCUAAUGACCGCAGAGGAGGCUGCCAUUGCUAUACUCAAGGAAGCCAUCGAGUACGAUCCGGUGAGUGUUUACCGCCUUGAGUUAUUUAGUGACGUGUAGUGCAUUUUACACCGAAACGCACAGAAUCGACUUUGCUGUCUUGGCCAUACGCCCUGCCGCAAAAGAAUUUCCGGAGGCCUUUUUUUUCGAAGAAUCAGAAACGUGGUCGCCACCAGCAUAUAACGUAUCUGACCGCCCGACCGCUUCGAGUCGACUAGUCCUUUUUAUCACCCUAGUGCCUUUUCUGCAAAUUACGUGCUACACACCAGCCAAGCAGUAGCCGGUUGUGUCAUAUUACUGUUAGAGGAGCCUCUACUUCCAUGUUGAACCUCGGAAGUGGUUGUGCAAUAGUGGGGCGGAUCGUAAGACCGCAGCGUAGUGUUAUCGUCCAUGUCUUUGCAAACAAUGAGGCAAUCGGUACUGGAGCUGUAUUGUUUGCGGCCGUAUCUGACCCAGCUGUGCUAUACUUUUUCCUCGUUUCUUCGCACACUGUCAAGAGUCAACUUAUGAUCUUAGCUGAGAAGCCCCCUACAACGGGCCGCUCGGGGGUUGUGCUGGAUCAAGACAGGGACCAGAUCAGGGUCCGGCACGCGAUGCUUGACUGCGCACAAAUAACAAGUGUCACACAGGGUCGUGGUGGCAUGCCUAGGCGCAGGCUCACACGGCGCCGGUAACCCGCAUCCGACCCCGCCUCGGUUUUCUGGACUCUGUCUUGAUACUGGACCCAGGAGGGUGAGCGAAGAGGAUGCGUUACGUGCAGCGCCAGUCACUGUCCCUCCUCCUACCCCGCUGUUGGACACACAGUAGACAGCCUCGGUAACGAUGGUCGAACUGUCACUAAGAACAUUUUUUUCAACUCCUUCCUUCAGCGCAACGAACGCCUCUAUGCCCAGCUGUUGGAUAUUGCUUACCAGCGCCGACCGGUCGACCUUGAGGGUUUCCUUCAAUUCGCAGACUUUGCUAUUGUCGACUCACUUUUACCUGCCACCGUCAAGUUGGCUUUCAGCCAACGGAAGUUGCAGUUCCUCGAAGAGUUCGGCGAUGAUAUUAGACAGUGAGUGCCCUUUUUGUCGACUUUGUUUUGCGUCCGUCAGUGCACUUUUUUCCUCUAUUGUAAUCAUGCCAGUAGUUCCGCAGUUCCAUCUGAAUUCAAGCUGCUUUUCGGAAGAAGUCCUUGUUCCAGGUGUAGGUUUAGACGGCUAAGUGGGACUCGUGUGGGGGUUUUGGUAAUCCUAUUGAAAAGAGAGGCCUCUGUGUUCGUUGAAGGCGCCUGUUCUCCCUUGACCUGUACAAAUGGACGAUGGGAACACCUUGGGGGGUUUGUGCUCGUCUCCACAUCUCCCGAAGCUGUGAGGUGAGUUUGAGGACCGCCGUGUUUGUAGAUUUCGACCGCGAUUGAGUCGGUGCCCGAGGGCUUUCUGUUGGACAUCUAUUGUGCUGCUUUGGGGGUUUCUUGUGAAGGCGGACAACUGAGAUCACUAUUGGUACCCAUCUGAAGGAUUCUGUUAAAGACGGUUGAUUGAGGCCGCCGCUAAAGCGCUUGUCCAAACGCCUCAAGAUCUGUUAUUCAUCAGUUAUCGUUGUUUGGUUUGAGGUGAGUAGCAGUGCAGUUCCAGUGAGCUGGUUGCUGUAGACCGAUCUGACCGAUCGCUGUCAGCGUGUCUUUGGAUUUUUCCGACCAAGCAUUUUGCACUACUCUCAGCCUUGGCCGCAUUAGACUUCGACAUCAGACUUUAUUGUCGCCGACCCCGUUAUUGUCAUAGAUGGUGUACAACUUUUCUUGAUCAGUAGAAUCCAGAUCUCUGUCUUUGUCGCCGAACGAGUUUCUUUGCUGUCGGCGUCCUGAAUUAGCCUGUACCGUUUACGGAAUCUAUCGCUCUAUAGACUUUUGUAAAGGCGGCAGAGGAGGAGAACGCGAGCGGUAGGUAGGGGGCUCAAAGUCCGGAUUAACACCAUCUGGCGCGUGGCCGUUGAGCAGGGUACGACAUUGUGGAUCCGCAGAUGCAAGCGGGGCGCCAGCUAAAGGCCGAGUGGAGCGACUUGUCACUCCUACACUAUCUGCCCCUUAGCUAAGAGCCCUGUUCACGUAGAUCACAAAGUAUCUACAUGCAUUUUGGGAGGGGACUAAACCGACCGUUUUAACUGUCGAUGUUGAUCCAUCUUCAUUGAUAUCUACUGUUAAUUAAAAUUAAGCGCCAACGCAACCUGUUGAAGGUGGUCCAAACAAUGACUUCCUCUCCAGCUGCCGGAUGUUGACCAACUCAUGCACUGCCUAAACAUCUUUUCAGCUACGACACCUGUGCGUAAACAAUGAAACUACUUUGUUACUUCCGUUAACAUCUUCCCUAUGCUUACUUCCUGCCCCAAUCCUUCGUCAACAUACCUUCCCCCCAUACCCUUCCGGAUUGUCCAGGAAAAACGCCUGCCGUCCUUACACGGCCACCAAUAGUAUUCCAGCUGACGACCUCUAACCACCGUCCUCUGUUUUUAAAGACUUUCCAUUGCCUACGAUGAGUAUGCUUCUCUGGCUCAACUGGUCUGCCGCUGCACCAGUAACCGCCAGACGGGAGUAGAUGCCACCCGCGCCUACAGCACCCCCGAUCUGCUCAAUGUUGUGCUGCCAGCCCCACUGAGACCCUCAGCCAAGCACAAUCCUGCCACCAAUGGUCCCGUGCGCAAGAUGCCGCAUCUCACUACCGAUAUCUCUGUCCUCGAGGACGCGGCCUCUGUCGGUACACCGAUCGCUCCACCGGAGACUGCGGCCAGUUUCUUCACCGCGGGUGCCUAUGAGCCGUUGGCUGGGGCCCAGGGUGUCGCUGCGGGUCUGCCUCCACCUGCUCCCACGAUGGUGCCAGUUGCCCCUCCAAUGGGUCUGCAUGGACUAGGAACCAAUGGGGUUGUGGCUGCAACGGUGUGUCUCCGUUUAUUUUUUUCAAUUGACUUAUCAGUACAACAGCAGUCUGACAGUAUUAUUGCAAAUAAUUUGCAAUAUUGUGUGUAUGUCGAGCGUCCUGCGCCCACACGUGACUAGAUUUCGUAUCUGGCUUGAUGGGUCUCUAGUAUUUGACUAGAUGCGCUAUUGCUGAUGCUUACUUUGCCAUUAACAACGACCUCGUAGUAUUGCACACCACCAACAUAAAGUAUCUCUGCGUUGGUAGUUUCCGACAAGUAAUUCCUUUGCGAGAGAUUGUAGAGCGCAUUAUGUGGACAGUAAACACGGCUGCGUCGUAUCUUGUGCGAGCUGGGAUUUAUGAACGUAGUGUGAUUGUAGUCCCAACUGUGGAGACCUUUGUGGGCUCACAGACAUCAGUCCAAACGUAAUUACUUAUAUACAGACCCAUUUCCUGCUUCUGUCGCCGUGAAACGUCACCCGAGGCGCAAAAGUGCUUUACUAAGUUUGGCUGCUGUUAUCGUUGGACCCUCAUCGAACUUCGGAAGUCCACCCAGAGCGCGCGACCAUAACCCUGCGGUCGGCCGAAAGGCCGGUUACGUUUUGACUAGGGCUAUGGGCUGCGUAUAGCGGCCUGUUUGAGGUGCAGAUUCAUUUGGCCCCUUGAUUCUAAGGUGCAUUGUUUAUUUAGCCGUCCGGUACCAGCCUUAUGCCCCCGGCAGUUAACGUCUUAUUUGGUUGCGGUUAACACUCCAUCUCGUGAUACCGCCAUGGCCUAUGAUUUUCAUAGGAGUCAUUAUGCCAGACUGGUGUCCAGCCACAACAUUGUGUGGUCUACGUCCGCUUAUUCGUCGGACGGAACAUCCAGCUCAUUUAGCACCCAACCUUCCUGGAAUACCAGACUACGGUCUGACCGGAGGGGGGGGGGGGUGAGGAACCGACGAAAACAUAAUUAUUGUUCUACACCGAUAUAUGACGGGAACAUUGGUAUUGGACCAAGCCGUUGAACCCGGAUGCAUCUAAUCCCCGCGCAAUGCUCCCAAGCCUCGUUCUGUGCUGGAAGGCUGGCGACAAGGUAAUAAGCAGUGCCCAGUAAGGCACCGCGUUAAAAAUGGCAACUGCAUUUGCUCGAAGCAGGUGUACCCACAAAUUUUCGCCCUACAAAAAACUAAACUACCAACGUUCUUGUGCCUGUGCCCUUCCAUCUUACCGAAAUGGAAUUUUUAGUACCUAAACAUCUUAGCUUCAACACUUCCAUGUCUCGUGUUUUAUUCGAAUACCUCAAGCGGUGGACCUUAUGUCGGUAUAGUUCUCCUAUUCUUCUGUAAUGUCCACCGACUUGUUAAUUCGCUAAAGACAGCGUCCGAUAUCUCACGACUUUCUUAAGUCAUACGGAAGCGCCAAUUCACUCACAUUACGUUUCGCGUAGAUGUGUGCUUUGAGGGCGAUCCGCACCUGAUCGCUUCCGAUCAGUUGACGUGACAUGUAUUCCUUCCUGUUCAGGGCGAUGCUUCCGCUGUUGCGACGACUGACCUCUGGUUAUCAACAGCGGCCGCAGCUGGCCACCCUGGCGGCUAUUACUACGCCCCCGUGGUUUCGACAGAGGCCGCCGUUGCUGGGACGCCCGCUGCUGCGGCAACUGCAGCGGUGCCUAUAGCAGCCGUAUCCACCGUGGGGCUGGACUUCAAUCUUCCUGCGCCGCCCCCGGCGCCCCCACUAAAUUUGAAUUGUGUUCCUGCUACAACUGUUGCCGGAAAAUAA